CAUCUGUGUUAAUACUGCUGGCUAUUAUUGCUAACUGAUAACUUUUGCUACUAACUAGUAACUACCAAAUAAUAAGCCCGGAAGCAUUCUUCCAAGUGAUGACCCGAAGCAAAAGAGAACUGUUUCCUCGGGAAAACCAAAUGCCACCGCCGGUGCCGAAUUAGUUUCUGGCGAUGUUGAUUUGAUGUUUUUGCGGUGGAAACCUUGCGGUGCCGUUUAAUCGAGUGCACCGCUGAUUGCUGAAAUCGAGACGACCGUCAAAUAUCCGCCGCCGAAUGUCGGCGCCGUUGAUUUGAUCGAUGCACCUCUAAAUGGUGAAAUCAACGUGACCGUCAAAUAUCCACCGCCGGGCGGUGUUGAUUUGAUCGAUGCACCUCUGACUUCUAACCAAGAACGACCGUUACUACGGUUCGCACCUCUCCAAACUACGUUCGAACGAGGGUGUUUGAGUUUUGAGGAAUCUACGCUACCGCUACUCCUAUGGAGAUUCCUUUGGAGAGCUCCGCGACUACGACUAAGACUACAACUAUGGAGAUCCUUCCUGGAAGGAGAGCUCCGCGAAGGAGUUACAGAGAAAAAAGGUAAAGUUUGACAGAUGUGUUUCUGUGUUGAUUUCGUUGUCCCCGUCUCUCUCCUCUCAGGGUUGAUUUUAUCUAAAACCAACUUCGUAGUCUUCACGCUCUGUAGAACUGCUUCCUCAACUGCUCCGUCCUGAAAUCCCACGUGUCUCAACUGCCUUGAUCUCCUCUUUCUGCUUUGCGUAAAAGUCACGUGCACACACAUCAACUUUGUACCAUGGUUCAAAUCCCGAUACCGCCAUCGAUUAAAACAACAUUGUUGUUUCACCCUCGUCACCGCGUACUCGCCGCUAGAUUGUUGAUCUCUCGGCGUCGUUGACCACACAAAGUUGAUGGCCUUCGUUGAACUCCACGAUGUUGCUGCGGUAUCAUUGAACUUCGCGGCAUUGCCGCACUAGCAACGCCGCUAGAUUCGCGACCGCGACCAUCUCUCUCCACCGCAAUGUUGUUUAGCUCGCGGCUUUAUCCACCACCGCGGUAUUGCUGAUUCCUCGCGCGAUAUCGUUUUCAAGCUCCGCGGUGUCGUUUCCUCUCCAAACAGCUCCUUUUGUUUUUCUUUCCGCGACAUUGUUUAAAUAUUUAAACACUGUCGUUUGCUAAUUCAGUGGUACCGUUGGGCUUACUCGCGGUACCAUUUUUAAUUUAAACGACACCGCUGAUAUAGCCAAAAAUAUUCCAUGGAACCGCCGCCAAUCGGCGCUCGCAUUGGACUAGGCGAAUUUUGGUUUAAUUAAUCAGUACCGCUUACCAGGCUCUCGCGGCAUCGUUUUUAAAUCCGCGGUACCGAUUUUCCCCUUCGAACAAGGAAUAAAAAUAAUAAUUAAUUAUAAACAGAAAAAACUCCUUCCCCGACACCUACACUAAAACGCGCGGCCCCUUUUAUUUUCAAUAAACGUUGUCGUUUCCAGUGCCGCUGUACCGCUGAGCUUCCUUGCGGUACCGUUUUAACUCAUCCGCGAUGCCGCUUGUCGCGGUGCCGUUUUUAGCCAAACGACAUCGUUUCCCAGUCUCGCGAUGCCAUUGAGCUUUGAGGCCCGCGGCACCGUUUUAUCUCUUCGCAGCAUUGCUUGACUCCAAACGGUGCUGUUACUCUCCUCCUCCGACAAUGAAAAAUAAAAUAAAAAACAUUCCUUGUCCAACAGCAACACAUGUCCUGCGCAUGACUCACACAUGGUCUGCAACCAAUGUCGUUUCAAGUACCGCGGUACCGCCGAGCCUCUUCGCGGUCUCGCUUAAAUUCUCCGCGGCAUUGCUCGACACCAAACGACAUCGCUUUGGCCAUGCGAUAUCGAAUUAAAUGUCGAGACUCAUUAUUACGGCAUUGAAUUUAGGCCAAAAAUAUUUUAGGUGUAAACAAUGCCCCCACAAUUUGGUUUAUAAGAAUUAUGAACCAAAUUGUUGACACAACUUAAAUCACCUAAAAUAUCUCAAAAUCACGUUGAUUUGACCAUAAAGAAAAAUCCCACUGGUCUAUUUUGCAACGCGCCUUAACCAUUGUUCACGGUGCUGCUUUGGUUAAGCAAUAGAUUAUUAACUUCUAUUCCUUUCCUGAGAACCCUAGCUGCUUAAUGGCCUCAUAAUAUUCCUCCAUGAAAAUUCUUAAGUAAAGAAAGAAAAACCAUGGCCAUGCAAUGUUACCUUUUGGAGGACGGGACUUUUAACAACAUGGCUCCUUGCAAGAGUAGAAGUCUGCUUCAGCAGCAAUGCUGCCCUCAUCCGCAGUGUUGCUCUAUUCCGAAACGCAUGCGCUUAGCCUUUCUCCUUUCUCUGUGUCCGAAGUUGCCGUUCCUCAAGCUCGCAAAGCUCGAGCAUCAUUGAUUCACGAUACUCCCAGGGCAAUACAAUGGCCAAACGACACUGCUUUGGCCACUUUCAUACACAUCAUUGUUGCAACAGCCUGCAAAGCUGUUUUAGGCUAUUCCGGUGAUGCUUUAUAUUUCCUUCACAAAUCCUCAAUGUUGCUUUUGACCAAACGGCAGCGCUUUGACGCUUUUUGUUUCUUACUCAUUCCGCAAUACCGCAACGCUGUGGCAGGCUUUACCAAAACGCAGUGGAUUUGUCCCCGCACCGCAGAGCUGCGAAGAGCAAAACACCCCUGCAUGCUUUUUCCCUGUGGCAGCGGCAGCGUCGUAUGGAGCUCGUUAUCCUGAGACCCUAUUUUCCUUCCCGCCUUGUUGUAGUCAAAUCCAAUACACGCCUUCGGGCAACACUGCUGCCAAGACCCACUACAAUGCUGCGAAUUUUUUUUUCUUACCCGAUGUUGCCUUGGCCUGUUGGCCAAAUUAAAUUAAUGCAUACGAUUUUUUUUUUUUUGGCCAAGUUCCAUCUGCAAUGCUAGCUCGGCAACGCUAUUUAGGCCAAAGAAACAGCCUCGUUGAAAGUUGCAAUAGCUCCACAAGACUGCAACCCUUUCGCGGCACCGCUUUAGCCAAAACAAUUGUGUCGGGGUUUUCUUAUUAAUUCAUAUUUGGCCAACUAACAGUCACGCCAACAAAAUUUUAACCACGUUUUGGCCACAAGAAAAAUCUGACUGGUGUACUUGCACCCAUAACCUUGCUCACGCCUCACACUGCUACUUUGGGAGAGACACUCGGAGUAAAACAAGGUUGUUUCACGGCAAUAGUAUAGUCUCCCACCCAACAACUCUAGAUCUCCUAUACAACCCUGCAGCGGCCGCAGUGCUGCCUUAGCCCAAAACAGACUUGCUUUUGUAGACUCCCACAACAUUGCCUAGGCCAAACGGCAGUGUUUUGAAUUUUUCUUUUAUUUAAACAAAAAUAUCAAACAGCCGUGUGUUUUUAGUGUCACCUAUGCUGGCAGCUCCGCAAUGUUGUUUUCCCGCAACAAUAUUGAACUACUAGCCGCAAUGCUAUUUUGGCUGAAACGGCUGCGUUUAAGUAAACCUUUUUUAUUUUUUACUGCCGCUUUAGAUUUGUUUUGCUCAUCGCUACGGCGACUAAAAUUACAUCGCCACCAAUGUGGUUGUUAACCCUCAUCACCGCUGGCCUUUUAUCUUCUUUGCCGCAAACCAACAACUAGCGCCAACAACGUCGCAAAACCUCAACAAAAAAUAUAUUUAAUUAUUUGUUGUAUGGCCAACAACGUGCAAGAUUGCUCUUGUAAUUUUGUUUGGAUUUUUUCUUUAUUUAUUUUUAACUUGGCCCAAAGUGAGUCCCAAAUAUCAUCAACGUCGUUGGCCGCUUUGUUCCAAAGUCCAAACGACAACGUUUCCAUCAUUUUUUUUUUUCAACGUUGCUCAAAGGAACAAAACGACAAUGUUCCAUUAUUAUUAUUCGAUGCCACCAAUCAGCCAACAACGAUGGACCGCAUCACUGCUUAUCGCUUAGGCUCGGUGGUGCUGGCAUUUUUUAUUUUUUUCAACGGCAUUAUUUAUCCCUCUAUCACCGUUUGUCAUCUUGAACCAUCAACAACACCAACUUCUUCUUAACAAUGUCGCUUGAUUAUAUUUUUAUAAUAAUAAUUUUUUUCUUUUCCUCUUUUUUUUUAAAUAUAUUACGUGGCCUAAAUUAGCCACACAUUUAUUUUAAUAGUAGUUAAACAAAACAGGAUUGGCAUU